CGUGUGGGCUUGAAUAAAAACCCAAAACAUCCUGAACGCCGGAAUGAACGAGGGAGAACAGUGAACGGUGCCGCCAAAAACUAUCACCUGUGUGACGGCUUCUCAACUUCCUCCGUUCUGCUUCCCUGGUCCUGCCGAUGGAGGGAGGCUGCGACACGCUGAACAUCAUGUGCCAGGCCUGCGGCAACGUGGGCUUCGCCGACGGCUCCGACGGUUUCUUCUAUUGCACCCGAUGCGGCUCCCAGGCCGACGACAUCGUUGACACUGGGGUCGCCGACGAGGACUUCGUCGAGAACUCCAACCGCGGCGCCCUCUACCACGCCAGCCACCGCCGCCAAGCCCCCCUCGCCUCCGCUGUCAAGUACGAGUCCCUCGCCUCCCAGUCCCAGCUCUGGACUGCCCUAACCCUAAGCCCCAAAUCCCCCAAGAAGGAGCAGCAGCAGGACGACGCCUAUGACCCCUACCCUUCCCCCGCCGCUGACGUCUUCGGCUCCAUUGGUCCUGUGACGCCGGACGACUUCGCCCCCUCGAUGGGGUCCAGGGUUCUGAGCCGUGAGGAUUACUACAAUGAGGUGAGGAUCAGGUAUGUGAUGGGAUUGCAGCUUAUGGUGCAGCUUCAGUGCGAGGCUCUGGUGAAGGAGUGUGGUGCGAAUCCGCUGGUUGGUCGGAUCUGUGGCCCAAUUUGGCUUCGGUUUGUGGCUGCCACCCAGGUUUUCGAUGACAGUUGGGCUGAAAAGACCAUUACCGAUUCAGAAACUCAAAGACAAGGUGAUGUUGAAGAGCCUAAGAAGCUACCUCUCAAGUUCAGAGCUGAACCUCAAAACAUGCACGGGCAGCGAGCAGUCAUGAUAUGGUACAGGUCCUUGAGAAAGAGAAUACCAUUAUCCUCUUCCAUGGCCAUUUCCUUUCUCGCCUGCCAUGUUGCAAGAGAACCAAUUCUCCCCUCGGAUAUGGUCCAGUGGUCGGUCGAAGGGAAGCUCCCAUACUUUUCUGCCUUUACUGAGAUCGAAAAGGACAUCGGACCACCCUCUAAUGCUUGUCCCUUGAGUUCCAGUCUCAUGUUCAGGCCCUCUGAAUCAGUAUCCUCACAGAAGUUGGAAUCUCUAGCUGCUUCGAUUGGUCAGCUUAUAGGGCUGGAGUUUCCUCCAGUAAACUUUUGUGCGAUAGCCUCUCGAUACCUUGAUGAGCUGUCUCUUCCCGAGGAGAGAAUUCUCGCGCAAGCCCGCUUGAUACAGGAAUGGUCGAUGCCACCUGAUCUUUGGCUGUCCUCGAGCGAGAAGAGGCUCCCCACCCGAGUUGGUGUUAUGUCUAUCUUAAUCGUGGCCAUCAGGAUUCUGUACAACAUAAAUGGUUUUGGAGAAUGGGAGAAGAGCUUGUCUGAAGGUGCAUGUAGCUCCAGCCCAGAUGGAAACUCUGAGAAUUCCGAUGAUUUUGAUGCUAAAAAGCUUCUGCAGAAGCUCCAUGCGAGAUACAAUGAGAUUGGUCACACCUCUGAGUAUUUCAAGGACUUGCCGACCUAUCUCCAGUACUGUAAGGAUGUAGUUUUUGCUGGUAUGGAACCUCCUUUUGAGGAUUACGAAGAAGAAAAAGCUAUGGAACAGUUGUGGGAAUUUUAUCAGAAUAACAAGAAUUUUGAACAGGCAGACGAUCAAGAUCCUUGGUUUGCUAAAUAUUCAAAUGGAAAGAGGCCUAGAGAUUGUGAUAAGUGUGAGAGGAAUCCUAGCGUAGAAAACAAGAAACUACAUGACGAGAGUUCAAAUGAUACAGACCAGUCUUAUGAGUCUUCAAUGGAGGAUAAGAAUGCAGGGCCCAGUGAUCGAACUUCUGCCGAGACUUACAGAGAGAGAGCCAUCAGGAAGUUGAAACUAGACAUGGAGGAGAACCGGUUCGUCUACAUUCCUCCGAGGGUGAAGAUAAAGAGGCACGAUUACCUUCACUACAAAAGGAAGAGCGAUGAUGGGGUCUGGGCUUAUGUGGCCCACGCUGACUACUACAUACUCCUUCGGGCAUGUGCGAGAGUGGCUCAGGUCGACAUCCGGCUCAUGCAUAUGGGCGUUUUGAUUUUCGAGAAAAGGCUAGCUUGGUUAGAGAAGAGAAUAGAUCACUGCUUGUGUGUAAAGCCUCCCGAAAUCAGUUGUGAGUUUUGUAGCCAUGGAACGCAAGAUAAUAUCGAAGACAACGUUGAUGAGAUCAAUCUUUCCAGAUUAAAUUUAUGAGAAAUCAUUAUUGGCGGCCUUCAUGUCUUAGAUUGAGAAGAAAAUGGCUUUUGGUAACUCAACGGUCGGAAAAUUUGUUGCAUGGCUAGCUGGAGUUUCCAUUUGAGGCUAUGCUUCAGAGAUUUAUCUGGAGAGAGAACAGCUAGCUGUUCUGGGAUAUCAAAGAUAACCUUCGGAUUGCUUGUAUCGGGGCAUGAGGCUGCUGAACUCGCAGUGGGACUAUGGCCAUUGGAGACCAGUGUCGGUCGAACUUGUUCAUGAUGAUCAGCUGCUUCGAGUCGCGACUUCCUCAUUCGUUCCCAGUGAUGCCAUAAGUGUGGUAAAAGCUAGCUAGCUUCUCGUACUUUAAGUAAAGCUUAGCUAGUAAAAACCGAAUCCUUUCACACCAUCGUUCGCGUGCCUUGGUCGAGAAUUUCUUGAUGUUCUAGAGAGAGAUCAAUUCAGGAGGGUGGAGAAGUGGCCGAGGUUGUCAUUUAUCGGGAUCCGAGGUCAAUGACUUCGGUGUUGAUGGACACUAAAGUAAAUAGCUGGAGUGGAGAACAUAGUGAUGUAAAGGGCAUUAAAGGACAAUAAAGUAAAUCCCUUGUGAGCUUUUCUUAUA